CCCCAUGCUGGACCCCUGUCGGGAGCCACCCUGAGGAACGUGGAGCCGCGAGUGGAAUCCAGUGGAUUCCUCCCGAUUUCGUUGGCUGAGCCCAAGCUCCGGUGCGGAUGGCAGGUUCAUCUAGGGGGGCUCAGCCACCGGUGAAUAUGACUGGAAUACCUUGCAAGAAAGUCCUUGGCUGUGUCCAGUACAGCGGUGGACGUCAGAAGUGAGGAGGAAAUCAGUGACGGUGAGCUGCUUUCAGGACUGCAAAGGGUACAGCUGGGUACCCCCCUCACCUCCUUCACGCUACGCGUACCAAGGCAGUAAUUCCUGGAGCUGCAACAUAUGAUCUGUUACAACUCCCCUCCAAUUUUUCCUACUCUGUCUUCAUAGUUUCUACUCUUCCCCUGAGAGAAGCAUAAAAAAUGAAAAAGUUCAAGGGACCUGUGACAUUAAAGGAUAUUACUGUGGAAUUCAGCAAAGAGGAGUGGAAAUUAUUGACUCGUACUCAGAAGACCCUUUACAAGAAUGUUAUGCUGGACAACUACAAUCUCCUGGUCUCUGUGGGUUACCGUGUGAGUAAGCCAACUGUAAUCCUUAAACUGAAGCAAGGGAAAGCGCCAUGGAGCUUAGAAGUUGAAUGUCCACGUCGAAAGUGCCCUGAAAACCUAAAGAACAUUCAGAACCUUGGGGCAAGAUCCCAGAAAAGCCAAGCUGGAAAUUCAAGGAGUAGAGAACCUGCAAGACCUCAGCAAACCCCGAAGCGACAGGAGAGCUAUGACUGCAGUGAAUGUGGGAAGUCCUUCUGUACAAAGUCUGCCCUCACAGUGCACCAGCAGACACACUCCACGGACACGGUCUACGAAUGUGAGAAAUGCAGAAAGUCCUUCUCCAAAAAUGAGGACCUAACAAAACACCAGAAAGCUCACACCAGAGACAAAACAUAUGAAUGCAAAGAAUGCAAGAGCAUUUUCUACCACCUGUCAUCACUCAGUCGACAUCUGAGAACCCAUGCCGGAGAGAAACCCUAUGAGUGUAAGCAGUGUGAGAAGUCUUUCUACCAGAAGCCACACCUCAUGGAACAUCAGAAAACUCACACAGGAGAGAAGCCCUUCAAAUGUACUGAAUGUGGGAAGUUCUUCUACAUGAAAGCAUACCUCCUAGUUCAUCAGAAAACACACACGGGGGAGAAACCCUUUCAGUGCAAGGAGUGUGGCAACUUCUUUUCCCAGAAGUCACACCUCACAGUGCAUCAGAGAUCACACACAGGGGAGAAGCCCUACAAAUGUAAGGAGUGUGGAAAACUCUUCUCCAGGAAUUCCCACCUCAAAACCCAUCAGAGAACUCACACAGGAGAGAAGCCAUAUGAGUGUAAGGAGUGCAAGAAAUGCUUCUACCAGAAGUCAGCCCUCACAGUGCACCAGAGAACUCACACAGGGGAGAAGCCCUUUGAAUGUAGCAAGUGUGGGAAACACUUCUAUUAUAAGUCAGAUCUCACUAAACAUGAGAGGAAACACACGGGGGAGAAGCCCUAUGAAUGUGAAGAGUGUGGGAAGUGCUUCGCUGUGAAUUCAGUCCUCAGACUCCAUCAGAGGACUCACACGGGAGAGAAGCCCUAUGAAUGCGAAGAGUGUGGGAAGUGCUUUUCUCAGAGGUCACACUUCAUCAUUCACCAGAGGAAACACACUGGGGAAAAGCCCUACGAGUGUCAAGAAUGUGGGGACACCUUCAUCCAGAAGUCACAGCUCAGUGCACAUCGGAAAACACAUGCACAGAAGGGAAGAGCAGACAAAUAGGGUGUCUGCAAGCUUCUGUCUGAAUUCACCCAGCAGAAGGAUCAGGUUAUUUGCGUCAUGAGAAUCGUCAAGAAGGGCAAGUUCUCAGUUAUAACUUUUCCAUACAGAAUAUCAACCAAUGCAGAUAAAUUGUCUAAAUUUAUUAGGAAGAUCUUUUCAUCACAGGGUAAAUUUUACAAAGUACCAGACAACGUAGAUAGCACACAGCAGAGAAUUCCUGUUAGUAAAAUGACAGCCAAGAAGUUUUGUGUGGAGUCAUCCAGCACUAGAAUGUCUGAAAGUACACCUGCAUGAGGAAGUCCUGUGAAUAGCCCUGAGGGGGCAGACCCAUUGAACACAGUGGCACUCAUAACAGAAAACUGCAGAGAUUGUGACACAUAGAUGCUUUUUAUCAUACCUGAUGUUCAUGAAAGCCCCAUCAUUAAUUGUUGCACAAUACCUUUAUAGAUAUUUUAAAUAUUUGAAAGAUGGUAAACAAAAAUUCAAAGACUUUGUAGGAGAAAAGCACUUAUAAGUCAUGUUGCAUAUUCCAAUGUGGGUUUUUUUCUUUUAAAAGAAAUAUGCAGUGGGACAUGGUGGUACAUUCUUCCUGGAUGCAAGAGGAUUGCAAGUUCAAGCCAUCCUGGGCAGAGUCAGCAAGAGCGUACUUCAAAAUCAGUAACCUAGGGGCUAGUGGUAUGGUGCUUGCCAUGCAAGAAUGAAGCCCUGGAUUUAAUUUAAUAGGAAG